CGAGGUGUACAUAAUACCCACUUUGUGCCAUCUUGACAGUCGCUUGGGAUGGCUUUUUAAACGUUUAUGUGUGAGGUGAGCAAGCAGUCGAUUGCCGCAAGGGGAAAUUAAACAUUUGACUUUGGCGCUUGACUACGCAAGCAAAUGGUUAAAACCAAAACAAGUGAGAUAAUUUAAUUCUCAGAGUACCGACAUCAGUUACAGUCAGCCAGUGCUGCUGUUCGCAUUCGAUCAAAAUAUCAGUUCCAAUUUUUUUUACUUAGUCUGCUAUUUUUUACUUAAUUUUUUUUCACCCGUGAAAAUGAGAACAAUCAGAUUAUUUGUGGAAAUAAUUCUUGGUUUGUUCUGUGUGAUGCAGCAUUCUGGUAUCAGUGCACGAAAACCCGUAGAAGAUGGUACAUGCCCGACCUUCACCUCAGUGAGUACAUUGACACAAACGGAACUGCUUCAAGAAUUAACAAACGAUUGCCGCUACGAUAAAAUGGUCAGGCCACCAGGUGAGAUCAAUGCAAGUGACCCGAUUCAUGUGGUAUGCAGGGCCAACAUAUACACGAUAAAGUCUAACAUGGCUAAGACACUUCAAUUUGAUGUGCACAUGAUGCUUCAAUUCCGCUACCGCGAUCCUAGACUGAAGUUCUCGGACAUAGCGCCUCAUUUCACCCAAAUUUACGGCGGAAGAUCUACUCACGAUCUCAUCUGGACGCCGACAGUCUACGUUGCCAACGAAAGGAGCUCCGCAAUUAUGGGAAACGGUGUUAAGGAUUUACUCGUAUCUAUCGAUCCCACUGGCAUGGUUAUUUUAAAUACCAGGCUUGAAGUUACUUUGAAUUGCGGAUUGAGACUUGAAAAAUUUCCCUUCGACGUUCAGGAGUGUCCACUGGUGUUUGAGAGUUGGACUAACAGCGUUCAAGAAAUGAAACUGGAUUGGGACGAGUCGCCAUUAGUAGUCGCAGACGAACUACAUUUGACUGAAUAUCGACUGGUCGAAAAAUGGGUCAAUGGGACUGAGGUAUCGUACACAGCUGCGCAACAGCAUUACGGUCAUUUUGCCGGCAAUUUCAGCUCCAUAAGCAUCACCUUCAAACUCGCCCGUGAAAUGGGCUUUUUCGUUAUGGAUUACUACAUUCCCUCGAUAUUGAUUGUCGUAAUUUCGUGGGUGUCAUUUUGGCUACAUAUGGAUGCCAGCCCUCCACGAAUUGUUCUUGGAUCAAACACAAUUUUGGCAUUCAUGACACUGGCAUCGAAGGUGGAGAAUUCAUUGCCGAAAGUCUCCUACAUCAAGGCUAGUGAGAUCUGGUUCCUGGGAUGCACUAUUUUUCUUUUUGCUGCUAUGGUGGAGUUUGCCUUCGUCAACACUAUCUACAGGAGAAAGAAAAAUGUGCCGUUGAAGAAAGUCAAUAGCAAAUACAUCCUAAAAUCAACAUUGACGCCGCAUUUAGCUCGGAAACAAUUCCAGAAGAAUGCGACGAACUUGGAGCGAUCUCGGUCUUGGUCCUCUCUGGACAAGUCAACGAGCGAACCCGAUUACAGUAGUCAGAAUUAUCUGACAGUUCAUAGCUUUCCAAGUACCAUAAAUAUCCCAUCAGUAAGGAUUGAAGAUGAGGAGAAAACCCAAGAGCUGUCGAGUAGUGUAAUGACAAUUGACAGUGUCGCAACAGCUCCAUCAGGGAGUGGUGCAGGGAGGAGGCCAACUCUAGCUAAACUCCACAAUUUCACCACAAUGACUCCCCAGGAAAUAGCCCAGUGGAUCGACAAGAGGAGCAGAAUCGUCUUCCCGGCUGCUUUCCUUAUUUUUAAUAUUCUGUACUGGUCUUUUAUAUGGAUAUAACUGUUUUCCAUCGAUUUCCUGAAUAUUUAUUUAUUGGGAAUACUCGCGGACACUCGCCUUUCUCUGGAGCCCACCGACGGUGGGGGAGGGGUGAGUUCGAAGGGUCAUGCAACCCAGAACAGGCGAAAGAUCCCCCUAUUUUUAUUGCCCACGAAACAGGUGCAUAAGGAUUAUCAAUUUUUUAGGAAACAUGAAUGAAAGUGAUUCAUUUUCGUGGGAUCAUGCAAUAAUUCCUCGUUUUUUAUUACCCUUUCCCACGUGACUUGUGAAUGGAUAUUAUGCGUUCUGUGGAACUCUAGAGACUCUAGCAACAGCUAUAAAUAAACCGUGUGAUAUAGUAUUUCCUCCAAAACUCCAGGUAAGAAAGAAGUUUCCGUAGGGGUUCCUUACCCUCACGACUUAAAAAACAUGGAAUUAAUUUUUUUAAUCUUGUUUAAUCAGGAAACUUUGUUUUCUACAUCAUGUUUAUUCCUCGGUCAAUUAUGAAAAAAAUAAGCGGAAAAUUUAUUUGUCUUCAUGUGCUGGGGGCUACCCUCCCCGCUCGAAUACGGAGCCUGGGGAAGUCGGUGCUCAUUUCUCUACCUCUAGAAUGUUGUGGAUUAAAAUUAUAAAAUAAAAAAGCAGAAAUGCAGCAGAUUUUACAAGGAAGUCGACUAGGCUUUUCCAUAAAAUUUUUUGACACGUGUAUUUACCUAAAAAAAUGUGCAACCCAUUUUCAUUGUGACCUAUCGUUGCGAGCAGAAUGACGGAAGGAAACCAACAUAAAGAAAGUGACCGACUUCACCUAAUUUUUCGAACGUUAGGCCUGGAUUUUCGCCUGACGCACAUUUGAGAAAAACCUCAGCUAAUCUAUCCUCCCCCCGUGUAAUAACACCUUGGACGGAUUGCGUGAGUCACGAAAAUUUCUCGAGUCCCACGAAGGUGACGACCUUCGUCACUUCCCGAUAAAAGGACUCUCCUCAGUGUAUUUUUGGGGCCACUCGGGCUAGCCAUUGAAACAAGGGGUAAAAUACACCACCCCCCCCCCCCCGUUUAAAUGUACCCGGAAGAUUACAGUACUGAGAUUAGCAUCUCCAUUAUACGAGAGAACACGCACGUAAUGGGCAGCUUUCUGUAUUUCAUUGGCCUACACCCAAUUACGAAUUCGUGUCGACGAAAUGGAGAGCAAGGAUGACUAGAGAAGAAAUGUAUUCGCGAUGGUUGCACCGGCGACGCUAUAGUCGCCCUCAAUUCAUCGUACUAUCGAUAGGGUGAAUUUAUAAUUAUUCGAGAGUGAGUCUCGUUGGAGUAGGGCUUGAUGCUACGGCAAUCGUCAAUGUCAAUGAUUUCAUUAAUGUAAAUGAGGGUCAGGACUUGUUGAGGUGGCCAGGGACAGUGGACUUCAAUCUUGAAUGGAAUUUCUAUUUUUAUUUUCGCUCCUGAAUGAGAGGAUCAGAAUCUUUCAAAUAUCAAUUUUUGACUUUUUAUAUUAUGAAAUUCUAAUCACUUUCUCCAUCGAGCAUUUCGAUAGAGUCGGUCAAAGGGAAAUAAAGAGUUGAAUGAAGUGAAA